AGAGCUAAUCUUCCUCAAAAAAAAAAAAAAGAUUAAAUUACAAGACACCCAAGGGAGAACAGACUCAAAUAAAAAUUUAAUAAGGGGCCUUGAAGAAAGAAAGAAUAUCAAUCAAGAGAGUGAAAAUGAGAUAAAGAAGGAGAAGGGUCAGAAGAAAGUAAUAGAACCAAGAUAGAGAAGGAAUCAGAUGUGUAUUAUUGGAGUUCUGACAAAAACCUAAACAAUGAACCAGAACUGAUAUUUAAUAUUAUAAUCCAAGAAAACUGUCCAUAAAUCUGCACUUUGAAAGGGCCCUCUGGGAACCUUGGAAAAUUAACCCAGAACAAUCCACUUUUAGACAUAUUCUUGCAAAACUCUUGGGUUUCAAAGAUUUUUCUCUUUUUUUAAAUCCUCAAGAUCUCCAGGCAGAAGGAUCAAAUAACUUACAAAGGCAAAAGAAUUAGGAUGGCAUCAGGCUUUAAAAAAUGAACAUACAAAGCAAGACAACAAGGGAGCAGCAUUUUGGAAACAUUCUACUCUUGAAAGCUCGAACCAAGGAUUGUAUAUUCAAACAAGCUGUCCAAGCGUCAAGGCUACAGGGAAGAGUUGUCUGCCUUUCAACAAGUACCGAUGGAAUUCUGCACCUGUGUGCCAAUCUGAACGAGAAUGCACUUCAACCAAGACACGACAGGAAGAAUGCGCAUCUGAAAAUUUUUCAAGGAAAAAAACUGGGGACUUGAACACAGAGAGGCGGGGCUUGCAAAGGAUCUUCAGGGACGGACUACGCUUCCCCGGAGGCUCUGCGCUGACUGCCCCUGACCUCCCGACAAGCUCCGCGCGCUUUCCGCGCCAGCUUUGGCCUUAGCUAGUGAGCGAUCAAACCGCGGCGGAGGAUGGAGAGCAGCGACGAGGUAGCCGUCCACAAACACCGCAUCCACUUACGCACCGCCACGCUCCGCGACGCCGCCCCCGUCACGCUGCACCUUCUGCCCUGCGAGGUCCCGGUUAACCAGCCCGCCCCCGUGGGGCGCUUCUUCACCCCGGCCAUCCGCCAGGGUCUCGGUGGACUCGAAGUGUCGUUUCGCGGCCGCAAACUACGGGGCGAGGAAGUGUCGGUGCCACCCGGCCUCGUGGGAUACGUGAUGGUGAUGGAAGAGAAGCAUGACUUCUCGGAGGGUUCGGAGAAUAACGAAGAGCAAGGGGAGCAAGAGCUGGUGGAAUCCCCGGAGGCGCUGGAGCGGGACUUCGACUGCUUUAUCGGAGCCACUGCCAGUUUCAGCCGCUUCACCCUGUGGGGCCUGGAGACCAUCCCUGGCCCAGAUGCCAAAGUGCGCGGGGCCCUAACCUGGCCCAGCCUGGCCGCAGCGAUUCACGCACAGGUGCCUGAAGACUGAGAACCAGAGCUUGAAAUUGAAAGCCGCUGACCCCUUCACCCCAAUAAACCAGCUCUUCACUUUGAA